AUGAACAAUAAGUUCGAUGCAUUGAAAGACGAUGACGGUGGGGACCAUGAUCAGAAUGAAGAAAACAGCACACAGAAAGUUGGUGAGAAGGAAAAAACAGAACAAGACAAAAGUCAGGGCAGCAGUAAGGGGAAGGCUGUUGUCCCUGGACCAGCAGAGCAUCCCCUGCAGUACAACUAUACUUUCUGGUACUCCAGAAGGACCCCCGGCCAUCCCACCAGCUCACAGAGCUAUGAACAGAAUAUCAAACAGAUUGGCACCUUUGCUUCUGUGGAGCAGUUCUGGAGGUUUGAUAGCCACAUGGUACGUCCUGGGGACUUGACAGGUCAUGGUGACUUCCAUCUCUUCAAAGAAGGAAUUAAACCCAUGUGGGAGGAUGAUGCAAAUAAAAAUGGUGGCAAGUGUAUUAUUCGGCUGCGGAAGGGCUUGGCAUCCCAUUGCUGGGAGAAUCUUAUCCUGGCCAUGUUGGGGGAACAGUUCAUGGUUGGGGAGGAGAUCUGUGGGGCUGUGGUCUCUGUCCGGUUUCAGGAGGACAUUAUUUCAAUAUGGAAUAAGACUGCCAGUGACCAAGCAACCACAGCCCGAAUCCGGGAUAGGCUUCGGCGAGUGCUUAACCGACCUCCCAAUACCAUUAUGGAAUACAAAACCCACACCGACAGCAUCAACUGGCAUCAUGAGAGUCUCUUGUUCUGUUGGCAUGCUACCUGGAAGAUCCUUCUGUCCUGGACAAGAGGAAUUGGAAGAGCAUUUUAUGUUUUAAGAACAGGCUGACACGCAGCAGCUACAACAACAGCUGAGAUCACUUAAUAAAUGGUGCUAAACUAAAAAAAAAAAAAAAAAA